CACUGCGUAUAUCUAUAAAGGCAAAGCCGAGCGUCUCUGCAUUUCGCCAGAAAGUCUCAAAGUGCGAGGAGAGAGAUAGCGAGAUAGAGGAAGAGAGAGAGAGAGAGAGAAUACAAGACGCAAAAGCUCGUCGGAUUGCAUAUACACAGCAGCGCACCGUCUUAUAUAGCUAACGCAACGAUGAGGAGCAGCGGAAACGCCGACAACAAAGUAGUCCCGCUGCAUCGCUAUCUGUCGCUCGGACUGCUGCUCUUGCUGCUGCUCGUCGAGUUCGACGAUGCGGUGGCAAAAUCGCCGAAAAAGUACAUCGGCGAGUCGUCCGCUGGCAAUCCGGUCGAGUGUCCCAAAGGCUUACCCAUAUCAGCCUGCAAAAGGAGAAGUUUACUGUUCCCGUACCCGAGGCUCGGCCGCAGAAGCGAUCCGACAAUGUUGACAUCGUCGCCGCCGAUGGCUUUGUUCGCUGUGCCGCGAAUCAUUGGCACUGCAGCAGCAGCAGCUGGAACGGCUGGCGCGUCCGGCAACGGGCUGCUGCUGGUCGAUGCUCCACCACCGUCACUGGCAGCAGCAGCAGCAGCUCGGGCGGCCAAACUCGACUCGAGCGUCCUGCCGCUGCUCGAUUACGCCGAUCUGAUCGAUGCUGGCUUUCCAUUAACGGCUUAUCAGACCAGUGCUGCUGCGCUCGCCGCCGCUCUCGAUGCGGAUCAACGACAUCAGCAGCAACAACAGCAGCAGUCCUGGCAGAAUAAUCUGAUGGACGACUGGAUCCGUCAUGAAAACGGUGAAAUAGAUGCCGAAUGAAAAAAAAUUCAAUAGGCUAGUCGUAGAUUCCUAUAUAUUUGUGUUAAAUUUUGAAAAAAGAAAAAAAAUACAGUAUAUUUAUGUAAACGAACGAUAAAAAAUAAACCAAUUGAUAUUUUACUCUUCUAUUUACGGAUCUGAUGGCGAAUAUAAUAAAUUAAAAAAGCAAAGUUUAUAAUUUUGUAACAUUUUUCUUUUAUUACCAACUGCAUUUAUACGAUGUGUUUGCAUACACUUUUCUUUUAUUCUCUCUUUUUUUUCUCUCUCUCCUGCUCGUUCAUACGUACGCACUAUUAUGAUACGUAGCUCUGCCAUUUUUCGUAUGUAUACAUAUAUAUAUAUAUUUCUCAUCGGUCAACAAAAUGAAAAACUUUUUUUUUUCAAGUA